CGAAUGCGUCAAACCACUUUACUACACCAGCAAAUUUGCCGGACUGUGGCCUCAGACUCUUCGUCCUUUACGAAUGCAUUGUGGAUAAGCUACUACCUCGGGAUGAAGUGUGUCAUCAUCCAUAUGUCACAUUCAAUGACCAGAGCUGGAAAGUAUUCUGGUGUAAUAAUUCAUAGAAUUAUUAAUUCGACAAAUGACAAAAUUCUACUUGGAAAGCUUUCCACAAUUUCUGAACAGAUUUUAACGAGCAAUCCUGUGUUUAAUUGCGGCCUUUUCACAUUUGAUUGGUCUCUUAUGUACACUAUGGUCGUCUCAACAACUGCUUAUCUCGCAUUUCUUAUCCAAUUUGAUAUACCCUUACUGUGAGAAAGUAAUUGGAAUAAUCCUGAAUUUAAAAGAACG